UGAGAUGUGGAGUUGGGUCAAAACAAGUUGGGCUGGGCUUCGAAAAUAAAAGGAGAACCCUAGGGUUUGAACAUCACAUAUAAAGCCAGCGAUAUUGCUGUCUUCGUCUUCCUCAUCGCCUCUCUGCAAACACUUUAUUUUCUCUGCGGUUUGAGCUCGCGGCGGCGUUUCAGCAGCGCAUUAUCGGCGCCCUUGAAUCAUGGUGCACGUUAACUUCUACCGUAAUUAUGGAAAAACUUUUAAGAAACCCCGUCGUCCUUAUGAGAAGGAACGAUUGGAUGCUGAGUUGAAGCUUGUUGGUGAGUAUGGGCUUAGGUGUAAAAGGGAGCUCUGGAGGGUUCAGUAUGCCUUGAGCCGUAUCCGUAAUGCUGCCAGGAAUCUUCUCACCCUUGAGGAGAAGGACCCUCGUCGUAUUUUUGAAGGUGAAGCUCUUUUGAGGAGGAUGAACAGGUAUGGGCUGUUGGAUGAGAGCCAGAACAAGCUCGAUUAUGUGCUUGCCCUCACUGUUGAGAACUUUCUGGAACGUCGUCUUCAGACACUUGUGUUCAAGACUGGUAUGGCCAAGUCUAUCCACCAUGCUAGAGUCCUGAUUAGGCAGAGGCACAUCAGGGUUGGAAGGCAGGUGGUCAAUGUCGCCUCAUUCAUGGUGAGGGUUGAUUCUCAGAAACAUAUUGACUUCUCACUUACAAGUCCCUUUGGUGGUGGCCGUCCUGGCAGAGUGAAGCGAAGGAACCAGAAGGCUGCUUCAAAGAAAGCUAGUGGUGGUGAUGGAGAUGAAGAAGACGAAGAUUAAGGUGUUGAGCUUAAUAUAUUUCUCAGUGAUAAUGUUUGGAACAUGGUUUACUGUUUUUCAUCUUUGUUCUUGAGAAGCUUCGGUACUAGGAUUUAAGUGCUCUUUCAUUUUUAAACUAUCUGCGCUUGUUUUUUUCUUAUCAUAAUUAGCAAUAUUUACCUUGGAUUUUUGAAAUGUCUUGUACUGAUGCUGAUUAUGGUUAUUUGAGAUUUUGACCUUUUGUUUUU